CCAUGUAUUCACAGUUAGCUUAGUCUUCCUUAUUAUGUCUUCACCUUUUACUGUCCAACCAUAAUCCUACAAAAAGCAUAGAACAGGUAGCAUCAGAAAUCCAAGAUCACCCCAAAACACAAGCUGAUAUAGAUCACACCAAUCCAAGAUCACCAUGGAAGGAGCCUCUUCUUCCUCUCCUUCUUCUGGAGCAUGUACCUACCAUGUGUUCUUGAGUUUUAGGGGAGAAGACACACGUAAAGGGUUCACUGACCAUCUCUGUGCUUCACUUGAAAGAAAAGGGAUCACAACUUUCAGGGAUGACAAAGACCUUGAGAGAGGACAAGUCAUUUCACAAGAGCUCCUCAAAGCAAUAGAAGAAUCCAUGUUUGCAAUCACCAUUCUUUCACCAAACUAUGCUUCCUCAACUUGGUGUUUGGAUGAGCUCCAAAAGAUUGUUGAGUGUAACAACAACAAAAACCUCAGGCUAGCAAUCAUGCCAGUCUUCUAUGGCGUGGACCCUUCUGAUGUGAGGCACCAAAGAGGAAGCUAUGAGGAAGCUUUCAAAAAACAUGAAGAGAAUUUCCAACAAGACAGAGAGAAGGUUCAAAGAUGGAGAGAUGCGUUAAGACAUGCUGCGAGUCAUUCUGGUUGGGACUCCAAGGAUCGGCAUGAGGCAGCACUUGUUGAAAGCAUUACUGAGCUUGUACAUAAAAAGCUGAUUCCAAAAUUGCCAUCUUGUACGGAGAACCUUGUUGGGAUUGCUUCAAGGGUGGAGGAAGUGAAUAGGCUCAUAGGAAUGGGGUUGAGUGAUGUUCGCUUUAUAGGCAUAUGGGGCAUGGGUGGCAUAGGAAAGACAACUAUUGCUAGAGCAGUCUAUGAAGCAUUAGCAAUCAAUGGCAAGUUUGAAGCUACUUGCUUUCUUGGUAAUGUUAGAGAGGUAUCUGAGACAAAUGGUUUAGUUCACAUACAAAGAGAACUUCUUUGUCGUCUAAAUAUAAGUAGCAGUUCUUGUUAUGAUUUAUGUGAUGGGAAAAAGACAAUACAAAACUCUUUAUGUAGAAAAAAGGUUCUGCUUGUUCUUGAUGAUGUAAAUGAAGUAAACCAAUUGGAGAAUUUGGCUGGGAAGCAAGAUUGGUUUGGUCAGGGAAGCCGAGUAAUAAUCACAACUAGAGAUAUGCACUUGCUAGUGACACAUGGAGUGCAUAAAACUUAUAAGGUUGGAAGGUUGUGCCAAAAUGAAGCCCUUCAUCUAUUUUGUUUGAAGGCCUUUAAACGUGAUCAACCACAAGAAGGGUAUUUGGAUUUGUCCAAUGAAGUGGUGGAUUAUACUGGUGAUCUUCCAUUGGCACUUGAGGUGUUGGGUUCCUAUCUCUAUGGAAGAACUGUUGAUGUUUGGCAUAGUGCUGUGAAAAAAUUAAGAAGCGUUCCACACCCCAAAAUUCAAGAUACGCUGAAAAUAAGUUAUGAUGGUUUAGAUUCCAUGGAGAAGAAUAUUUUUCUUGAUAUAGCCUGUUUCUUCAAGGGAAUGAAGAGAGAUGAAUUAAUAGAUAUAUUGGAAAAUUGUGAUUAUUGUCCUCAAAUUGGAAUUGAAAUUUUGAUUGAAAGAUCUUUGGUAAGUCUAGAUCCGGGGAAUAAUGAAUUGAGGAUGCAUGAUUUGCUCCGAGAAAUGGGCAGGAAUAUUGUAUUUCAAGAAUCUCCAAAUGAUCCUGGCAGACGUAGCAGGUUGUGGUUUCAAGAGGACAUUGAUCAUGUGUUAGCAAAAAAUAAGGGAACUGAAGCAAUUCAUGGUAUAGUUCUGAACUUACCUCAACCAUAUGAAGCACGCUGGAAUACUGAAGCCUUCUCAAAGACAAGUCAGCUAAAAUUUCUCAGCUUAUGUGAGAUGCAACUUCCCCUUGGACUAAGCUUCCUUCCUAGUUCAGUAAAAGUUCUUCAUUGGAGAGGAUGCCCUUUGAAAACUCUGCCACUAAGAAAUCAAUUGGAUGAAGUUGUUGACAUUAAAUUGUCUCAUAGUGAAAUUGAACAACUUUGGCAAGGAAUUAAGUUUAUGGAAAAGCUGAAGUACCUGAAUUUGACUUUUUCCAAGAACCUAAAGCGAUUGCCUGAUUUUUCUGGGGUCCCAAAUCUUGAAACACUGGUUCUUAAAGGCUGUGAAAGCCUAACUGAAGUUCAUCCAUCCCUUGUACAGCACAACAAAGUUGUUCUAAUGAAUUUUGAAGAUUGCAAGAGUCUUAGAGCUCUUCCAGGUAAAUUGGAGAUGAGUUCCCUGAAGGAGUUAAUUCUUUCUGGUUGUUCUGAAUUUAAAUUUCUCCCAGAGUUUGGGGAAAGGAUGGAACAUCUAUCAAUGCUUGCUUUAGAGGGAACAGCUAUAAAAAAACUACCCUCAUCACUAGGAUGCCUAGUUGGGCUUGCUGUUUUGAACUUAAAGAAUUGCAAAAGUCUUGUUUGCCUUCCAGAUUCCAUUCAUGGAUUGAUUUCCCUCAGAAUUCUAAAUAUUUCUGGGUGCUCAAAGCUCAGUAGAUUGCCAGAGGGUUUAAAGGAAAUCAAGUGUUUGGAGGAACUUGAUGCCAGUGAAAGUGGUAUUGAAGAACUACCUUCGUUGGUCUUUUAUUUAGAAAAUCUUAAAGUGUUAUCAUUUGCUGGGUGCAAAGGGUCAGUGUCUAAUUCAGUGAAUUUGAGUCACUUCAAUUGGCUGUUUAGAAGUAAACCAGCUUUCACUGGAUUCAGAUUGCCUCCUUCUGUCUCAAGUCUACCAUCUUUGAGAUAUAUAAAUUUAAGUUACUGCAAUCUCUCCGAAGAAUCAAUCCCACAUGAUUUUUGCCACUUAUCAUCAUUGUUGUCUUUGGAUCUAACUGGUAACAACUUUGUUAGCAUACCAAGCAGCAUUUCUAAACUUCCAAAGCUGAAAUUUCUUGGGCUGAAUAGAUGCCAAAAGCUUCAAUUGUUGCCAGACCUUCCGUCAAGCAUAAUAGAGUUGGACGCAAGCAAUUGUAAUUCACUUGAAACUUCCAAAUUCAAUCCAACAAAGCCAUGUAGUCUAUUUGCAUCACCUGUAAAAUUGUGCUUACCUCGAGAAUUGAAUAGCUUUAUUGAGGAACUUUGUCUUCCUAGUGCAAGAUUUGACAUGCUUUAUACAGGGAGUGAAAUUCCAUCUUGGUUUGUUCCUCAAAAAUGUGUUUCUUGGGCAAAAAUACAAGUCCCUAAUAAUUGCCCUCUAGAUGAAUGGGUGGGGUUUGUUUUGUGUUUCCUAUUAGUAAGUUAUGCGGAUCCACCUGAGUCAUGCUGUCAUGAAAUCGAUUGUUAUUUGUUUGGACCUAAUGGUAAGAUGUUCGUCGCCACAAGGACUUUACCUCCUAUGGAGCAAGGUUAUCCUCACCUUUAUAUUCUUUAUUUGUCCAUUGAUCGAUUUCGUGAGAGAAUUCUCGAAGAUGAUGAUUACUGGAGUACAAUUGAAUUUGCUUUGAAAAGUUAUUGUUGUCAAUCAUUGCAAAUAGUGAGGUGUGGGAGCCGUUUGGUAUGUAAGCAAGAUGUUGAAAAUUGGAACAAAGCAAUGAGUCAAUGCAAUAGUAGUUGAAGGAUAUUUGGAGCUGAAAUAGUUGGAGCUGCCAGUGGCAUGGUGUGACAAAGUGGACCAGGAACAUGGUGCAUAAGUAGACAACUUAGGAAUAAUGCAGAUGCAGGGUGGUUUUCUAGUUCUAAGUUAUGCUAUGGUGAUUUCAGUUUGUCUUGGUUAGAUUCAGUCGAUGAAAAUCUUCAACUUGGUGUUGUUUAUAUUUGACCUUGAUGUGACAAUUUAAAC